CGUCAAAAAGGUCACACUAGAAAAGCCGCAAUCUUUUCGUGCAAUUGUUCUUCUCUCUGUUUAUCUAUAGAAAACCUUUUUAAACAUGGCCAAACAUCAUCCUGACUUGAUUUUCUGUCGCAAGCAACCAGGCGUGGCCAUUGGACGCCUGUGCGAGAAAGACGACGGCAAGUGUGUGAUCUGUGACUCCUACGUGAGGCCCUGCACCCUGGUGCGAAUCUGUGACGAGUGCAACUACGGAUCCUACCAGGGGAGGUGCGUCAUCUGCGGCGGACCCGGGGUGUCCGAUGCCUACUACUGCAAGUCCUGCACCAUCCAGGAAAAGGAUCGCGAUGGCUGCCCCAAGAUCGUAAAUCUGGGUAGCUCCAAGACUGAUCUGUUCUACGAACGCAAGAAAUAUGGCUUCAAACAGAACUACUGAUGUGCUCUCCACUACCUCAUACAUUUAUAAUAAAUUUUUAUUGUAGUUUAAUACAUAAACAGAAGGUUUUGAUAAAUGAUUA